CUCGUACCCCCCCUGCUGGAGCUUCCUUGUCGCGCAACCUGUCUUAUUCCUGUCUUAUUAGUCCGCCCAGCUUUGAUGAGCCCAGCUAUGAAUGAAUAUCUUCGCAGCCUUGUCCGCCAUAUGCGCGACUCCUUCUCCUCCUCUUCCUCUUUCCCAUCUUGCAUCUUGCAUCUUCAACCCCCCUUAAUCCCCCCUUUCCUGAUCGCCCUCCUUCACAGAAGGGCCGUCAUUCAUUCCUAAUACUGUCCUUCCUCCUGCGUUCUGGGUCUUUCGAAGCCUGACAUGACCCAAGUUAUUGCCGACGACCACACGCGCGUAGAGAUCCAACCAUCGAUCUUGACCCUCUUCGACGCCCUCAGCAAUUCCCUCGUCCUCCGCAACACCAUCCCGUAUCUGCCGGUAUCUGGUUUGCUGAACCUCGCUGCGACUUGCCGUGCCUUCCGCUACUUGAUCUACGAGACCCCCGGCGUCUUUCGCCACCUCGACCUCACCCACGUCAAGACUGCCCAGCCCGAGACCAAGGAGAUUGAAAUCGACAACGACCUUGUGUGGCACAAUGUCCAGCUCGUCGACUACCUGACGGAAGAUGACUUCUACUCCGGACCCUUGAGGGGCGUCUUCUCCACCCUCCGCCAGCGGGACCUCCUUCGAGAUGUCCAGUCAUUGAUCCUCGACGGCCUCUCGGUCACGGCCGAGAUGUGCCACGAAAUCAUCAACGACCCGUCAUACAACGUGCGAUUGCUGUCGAUCCGCGAUGUCAAGCACAUGAACCAGGGCAAGCUGCGCGCCGCGCUGACCUACGCCUGUCGCAGUUCGCGCCCCGACGGCAUGCCCCGACUCAAGGGCCUCUACUGCUUCGGGUCCAAGGACGCCGCCGCCUCGACGCCCGCGCUCCCGGCGCCGGCCGUCUCGCAGGAGUCCAUCAGCGCGGGAUGGAACCACAAGAGCCACAAGGCGCUCGCGGCGUCGCUCCACAGCGAGGGCGAGGGCGAUGCCUGGUGGUUCAAAAAGGGCCGGAUGGUGACCAACCCCAUCGAGCUCGACUGGGCCAACUGCCUGCUGGCGUGCCAGGGGCUCAUCGCCUUCGACGCGGUGCUGUGCCAGGGCCCGCGUCACCGAAACUCGCCCGUGUAUGGCCAGUCGACGCACCCGUCUGGAUGCGGCCCGGCCACGGCCACCUUCGCCGUGGGCGGCUGCGCAUCCUGCGGCAAAGCGCCCGAGGGCCUGAUGCAUCCAGACACGACCCACCCGUCAUGCCUCCCUCUGCUGGCCCCGCCGCCCAUCCUGGCAUCGUCGGUCCAGGCGGCCACGAUGCCGGCCCCAGGCGCCCAGGCCUUCACGGCCCGGUGCGGCGACUGCCUCACGGAGCGCUUCUGCGUGUGCUGCAACAAGUGGUGGUGCGAGUCGUGCUACUACCUCCCCGGCCAGGGCAUGGGCGAGCAGGUCGUCGUUGUCGACUACGAAGGCGGCUGGAGCUCGCUCGACAACACCGACGCCGAGUGGACGGUGGCCAAAUCCAAGCCUAGAAUUUCCCGAAGCUGCUGGGAAUGCGGUAGAAGUUGCGACGAGUGCAUCGAGCGCACGCAGAAAGUCUGCAAGAAGUGCUGUGGCGGGUACUGCCUCACUCACAACGAGGGCUCGACCGAAUCUUUCUGCGAUUGGUGCGUCUCUCGAGGUCGCGGCCUCACGCGUCUCUAACUGCAAGGGUCCGAGGCUCGUGGAUACGCCCGCAGCGGCGGUGAGGGUCUUAGCAGGACACGCAUGAACUGGCCGACAAGGAGACGGAUAUCGGUGAUGAUGAUGGAUAACACUUGAAAAAUCAUUGACACCCGUCGCCGAGGGGGUUGCUGGGCUUGCCUGCAGUGCAGAUGACCUCGGGCGUUGAGAGUGCAUUGCAGUCCCUGGAACAACGGGAUUGGCACAUAUGACGGGUCGUGCGAAAGCAAGACAGGCAACCAGGCUGAGACUAGGACCUGUGGUGUUUAGGGCCAUGUUGGGGGUUCAAAUUGGCUAGGAUUGAUGACGAUGGAUUGUGCGGCGCAAAGGAUUUCUUUUUUCUCGUCGUUGGACAAGAUGUAAGGCUAUGCUCUGAGCCAAGGAGCAAAGGGAUGAAACUCGACUCAGGUACAGAUACUCACCACUAUUCGCAGGUUAAUGCAAUGCAAUUGUUUGACG